AUGAGGCUGUCGGUGUGUCUCCUGCUGGUCACUGCCCUUUGCUGAUACCAGGCCAAGGCUGUGGUCUGCCCAGCUCUUUUUUCUGAGAUCUCAGGCUUCUCAUUCAUUAAUGAACCUGUGUUAAAGUUAAAACUUGCCAAAUAUGAUGCACCUCCAGAAGCUGCUGCAGCCUUUUUGGAAGUGAAGAAAUGCGCAGAUCAGAUAUCCCUUGAGAAAAAACUUUUAACUGAAAAAAUCCAGGGAAUGGGUGACUCCACGGUCCUGGGACAGCUGCGACAACUGUCCUUGGCUGCUCUAUUCACUCCUCCCCUCCAACUUCCAUGA